UCUAUCGCGCCGGAAGAGAAGACAGCCUCUUUCCCAGCCAUCUUUUGGCUUACUAGCAAGCGAGCUCUAGGCUCCAGGCCUCGUAGAAUCGGAGGAACAUCCACCUCUUAAGGGGCCAUCAUGCCCGGUCACUUGCAGGAAGGCUUCGGCUGCGUCGUAACCAAUCGGUUCGACCAGCUAUUUGACGAUGAGUCCGACCCCUUCGAGGUGUUGAAGGCUGCCGAGAACAAGAAGAAGGAGGGCUCAGGGGGACCGGGCCAGGGAACCGGCAAGACGGCAGCACAGGCCGCCAAACAGUCCAAGAAGGAGUCGCAGAAAGAAAGGAAGAAUCCUCUGCAUGAUGAGAGCCCGGCGCCUGUCCCACUCAAGAAGGAAGGCGUUAGGAGAGUUGGUCGGAGACCUGAUCAGCAACAGCAGCAGCCAUCUCAGCAGCAGCAACCGCAACAACAACAACCACCUCAAUCAUUGCAGGGUGAAGGAAAGCCAGUUGACCGGAGGCAGUCAGACAGGCGGCCACCCCGUGAGCGCCGUUUUGAUAAACCAGCUGAAGAAAAGGGUGAAGCAGGGGAAUUUUCUGUUGACCGACCCAUCAUGGAUAGGCCCAUCCGUGGUCGCGGUGGCCCUGGUGGAAGGGGUGCCCGUGGCGGCCGUGGACGUGGUUUGGGCAGGGGUGAUGGCUUUGACUCUCGUGGAAAACGUGAAUUUGACAGGCAUAGUGGCAGUGACAGAGUUGGCCCAAAGCAUGAGGAUAAGAGGGGAGGAAGCGGACCACACAACUGGGGCAAUGUUAAGGAUGAAUUAAGUGAACUGGACCAGUCCGCAGUCACCGAGGAAGCUCCCGAAACUGAACAGCCUGCUGUUGAUUCUGAAAACAAAGAAAAUGAGUCUGAAGAAGUGAAGGAAGAAGGCGCUAAGGAAAUGACUCUGGAUGAAUGGAAAGCCAUGCAAGACAAAGAACGUUCAAAAGUUGACUUCAACAUCCGUAAACCAAAUGAAGGUGCUGAUGGCCAGUGGAAGAAAGGCUUUGUCCUGCACAAAGCAAAGAUCGACGAGGCUCAAUCUGAGGCAGAUGCCCUGGAUCAUCACUUCCGUAAGCCUGCAAAUGACAUAACUUCCCAACUUGAAAUUAACUUUGGAGAUCUUGGGCGCCCUGGUCGUGGAAGCAGGGGAGGUAGAGGCGGUCGAGGUCGUGGUGUCAGGCCUACUCGUGGAGGAAGAACUGACAAGUCAAACGCGUCUGCUCCUGAUGUAGACGACCCUGAAGCUUUUCCAGCUUUGGGGUAAGCUGUAUGACUUGUCUAACCCUGGUGCCCCCGAGGGACCCCUUCUACGAGGCUUGCAUGCUUAAGAAUCCUAAACUACUACUACAAAUUAAAAAAAAGAAAAAAAAAGGAAAAAACCCCAAGACUGUCAAUCAUACCAUUCACACCUAUGGACUGAAUUUUAUCUGUUUUGAAAAAUGGACUUCUCUUGCUACUCAGAAGCAACAAUAUGGUAGUCAAGUUUUUGUAUUUAGAGUUGUUAUGGUAGCAGGGAUGUUUUCAUAAUUUUUCAGAGAAUAUGCAUUCUUCAUGGAUACUUUUUUGUAUUGCUGCUUGAAAAUAUGCGUUUCCAAACUUGAAAUAUAGGUGUGAACAGUGUGUACCAGUUAAAGCUUUCACUUAUUUGUUUAUGGUCCCCCCCAUUUUAAAUUUUAUUUUUAACAUGCUAGAACUACCCUUGUAUUGUCAACUUAGACUGGUCAUCUUCAAAUCUGACCUUGCCCCUUGAUUGGCUAUAGUUCAGAUUUUUAAAUACCUAUGUUCAAUUUGGAAAGGUCAUUUUACUUUAUUUUUUUCAUAUGGCAUUCUGUGCACUCUGAGUAAGAAUACACAAACUUUAGACAUUUUAAGGAACAUAAGUGUGCUUGUUAAUUUUGAUCCUGUGGGUAAAUGGCGUUAAAGGACUGCAGUAACCUGUAGAAUUGGUGAUGUAACAUAUACCAGCGUGUAUAAUUAUUUGGCAUAGGAUUUCAUUUGUGUCUCACCCUGAGAAUUGUAGUAAUUUACCAUAAACACCUUCAUGGAAUAUUAAUUUUCAUUUUGAAUUGGACAAACUGAGUAACACAAACACGUAUCCAAUGUAUUUUAACAAAACCAAUAAGGAAACUCAAACCUGAAAAUGCCUUCAUGCGACAAAACAUCAGAAGUCAAACAAGUUACUCUGUGUUGCUUGUUCCAUUAGCUGCAACCCUUAUGUAAGGAAAAUUGCUUUGUAAAAGAGCGUUAUUCCUAAAAUGUUUGUCACACUGUUCCCUUGCAUUGUGGAAAGCUUUUCCAUUUGCUUGGGGUGAGGAACAAACACUUUGUUUUGAAUAGAUCUUUAUAGUUUUCAGCUUCUGGGUUUGGAUUGCUGGUUGACAGAUGAAUGUUUGCUCUUCAUUGACAGUAUACAACGCCUACUCCUUUAGAAUUUUUAGCUUAUUUAAAUUUUUUUUCUCCUAAGGCCUAAACAUUACCACUUCAAAACAAAAUGGACAUAAUAGGCUACAUAAAAAGAAAAAAAGUUGUCUACAGUGUUUGUUAGGAUAAGAUACUCGUUUAAUUUAAUGUUCUUUUUACAAUUUUUAGCAGGCUAUAAAAAUUUGACGCUUCUUACCUAUGUAGGUUAAAUGAACACAAAUAUUAUUGCCCUAUUUUUAUAAAAGUUGUACAGGACAGGCAACAAAGUAUUUGAAUCUUUUGAGUACCAAAAUGGCAGCUCAUUGUUCAGUAGCCCGAGUGCUUAUACUGUGGUACGCUACAGGGUGUAGGCGGCUUUCUGGCGCUGGCUGGGUCAGUGGUAUUUUUAUUCAACAGCCUGGCCAUUUUGAGAUUAUUUUCUAGAGAGAUAAUUUACUAUGAGACUGCAAACCAGUGGAGUUUUUAAAGAUAAUACUUCAAUGCAUUAACCUAUACAUUUAAAUAAGCCUUCACAAAAUGGAAACAUGUUUUAGCAGCUGAGAUUAAGUUUUGUACAGAUCCCUUAAGAGCCUCUUACACAUGCAGAGUGACAUAUGCUAGUGUGAGCCUGAAACAUUCUUGCUAUAGGCUUCUUGUACUGUCCAUUCAAGCUAACUUGAUUUAUAAACCUCUGCUUGUUCCUUUGCCUGAGGAAUAUCUUCAUUUUCAGUUGAAGUGAACUUGUAUCAAAUCUAAGAAUUGGCAUUUUGGCUACCCAGGUCUCCUGGCUAUAAAUAAAGGCACUCAAUUUAAGAACUUAAUGAAGCUUUAAGCAUCUGUUGCUAGUUGGUAAAUGACAAUCUGGGAUUUCCAGUCACUAGCUGAAGAAUUAAACGUGCCUUUCCCCUUCAUUACCCAUCAUAGUUGUACAUUUAUCUAAAGCUCAUUUCUGUGUGAACUGAAACUGUGAACAAAUCUGUCUGGUGGAUGCUUAUUGAAUUAAAGGUUGAUCUUCAUGCUCGAGCCUAAUGAAGGGUAAUAUGGCA